GGCUGGCGCCCCUUAGAGGACAUUUUCAGGAACUGUACGGGCAGGACGGCAGGUCUCCGUUUUCCCAGGACAGGAAGCGAGAGGCCAGCUGGGGAGAGACACGUGUGGGGAGGAGGAGCUCGUCAGAACGCGGGUGGUGUAGUGACAUCCACCCGAUCGCGCUGCUACCGGAGGGGACAGGCCGGCCCUCUUCCAGUAGCCGGCCCUCAGCGCCGGGUCCCCAGCUGCCGCCGCCGCCGCCGCCGCUUCCUGCCGAUCCGAUCCAUGGACGGGGCGAGAGUGGCCGACCUGGCGUCGCUGCUGGCCACCGCCCGGGAGGGGUACCGAAGGGCUUUCGGAGGGGCGGAUCCGACGAUCGCGGUGUCGGCGCCAGGGAGGGUGAACCUGAUCGGGGAGCACACCGAUUACAAUCAGGGCUUCGUCCUGCCUAUGGCAUUGGAAAUGAGAACGGUGCUAGUUGGAAGCCCAAGGGAAGAUGGCAUAAUAUCCAUUGUUACGACUGCGGAGGAAGCGGAAGAACCCAAAAGGGUGACCUUUUCAGUUCCAGGGGCAGGAGGUGUUUUGGAGCCAGGAGAACCACGCUGGGCUAACUAUGUGAAGGGGGUUAUCCAUCAUUACCCAGCUGGCCCACUCCCAGGACUGAACGCAGUCAUAGCUAGUAAUGUUCCUCUAGGCGGGGGUCUCUCAAGUUCGGCUUCCUUGGAAGUGGCCACGUACACCUUCCUGCAGCAGCUGUGUCCAGAUGGCCAGGAUCUGGUUUCUAAGGCACUAGUAUGCCAGAAAGCUGAGCACACCUUUGCAAUGAUGCCUUGUGGAAUUAUGGACCAGUUCAUCUCUGUGAUGGGGAAGGAAGGCCAUGCCUUGUUGAUAGACUGCAGGUCACUGGAGGUGCGUCUGGUGCCCUGGACUGACUCCAAUGUUGCGGUUUUGGUCAUCGACUCCAACGUACGGCACAUCUUGACGGGCAGUGAGUACCCCACACGUCGGCGCCAGUGUGAAGAGGCAGCGAAAGGCCUUGGCAAAGUGAGCCUCAGAGAAGCCAGUAUGGCAGACUUGGAGGAUGCGAAGGGCCGCUUGAGUGAGGAGGUCUACAGGCGAGCCAGGCAUGUCAUUGGGGAGAUAGAACGCACUCUCAGGGCAGCCGAGGCACUGCAGUCUAGGGACUAUCGGAGAUUUGGGCAGCUGAUGGUGGAGAGUCACAAUUCCUUACGGGAUGACUACGAAGUAAGCUGUCCGGAAUUAGAUGAGCUGGUUUCUGCUGCCAUGGAGAUCCCUGGCGUUUAUGGCAGCAGAAUGACUGGUGGAGGGUUUGGAGGUUGCACCGUUACUCUACUGGAAUCUAGAGCAGCUGCGGACGUUCUAAAACACAUCAAGGAAAAAUACAGUGGGACAGCAACUUUUUAUUUUACAAAACCAUCUGAUGGAGCUAAAGUUCAUCUCCUGCCUUGAGAAGGACUUCCACUCUCUACAAAGAUUUGCCUCUGCUCUGUUUAUGAGGGAGAAGGGAAGGCACAAAGAUCUGAGCCAGCUUAUUUGAUUUUUCAGCUCUUGGAACAAAGACUUCAACUUUUUUUAUACAAAAGGAAAUAAUCUUUAAUCUGUGUCAUUUUUGAAAGAAAAAUCAGCACAACUGAUGAAACAUUAAUUUCUUUCUGUUUUUAUAUAGCAGUCUGACAGGAUCUGCUUUCCACUUUCUGCCAGAGAAGGCCUAUUUUACUGUGGUAUUUUUCAGAAAAGAGGCAGAUAUUCAUGGAAAAGUUGAUGAUCGCACUACAUGACAAUAGUGGUUUGUAGUCAUCUCAUUACCAUUUCUGGUUCCUGACAUAAAGGAAAUACUACUACUAACCAAAUUUCUCAGCUAAAAGGGAUUGUAAAAAAUUUGCUAGGAAGCAGGAAACCAAAACCAUGAGUUUUGGGCCUGUCACCACCUGGUAGGCUGGGAUCCCAUGACCCUUGUUCUUAGUCCAGUAAACAUGGGUAACCUUUGGCUCCACCACCAUUUUAAUCUUUCCUUUGGCCAGAAUGGAGAUAGCUCUCUGCGAUUCUUCUGUGCCUCUUGGCUCAGCAACUUCUUUUCCAAUUAAAGUAAAAUUCUGCUUUGUAACAUG